AUGGAUUUUCCAGAAGGCCGUGACGGCAAAGGUUACGGACUUGAUUGGGACCCUGACAGGCUGAACCUGACGCCCCAGGCGCAGCAGAAAGAAUGGAUUUUCUUCAACAAGGAAUACGUCGAUCAGCACUGGACCGAUUUUGGCAAGGCCGCCACAGUCAGGCCCGGCUCGAGUCUGCUGGGCGGCAACAAGUCGCAAGAAGACGGCCACGCCCAGCAUCAUGAAGGAGACGCUUCCCGGAGAGGCAGUUCCAUGUCGACCAUCACGGCGCCGCAUCGCAACUCGGAGGCCAUGAUUGAUCCUUGCGACAACGACGACUCGAAACUCUCGGGCUACAGCGCAGAACACUCGGCCAGGCAUCUCUCGACCUCGUCGUCGUCUCAGUCCGAGAGGCGUCAUCCUUCGGUCGACAGUUCUACCUUCAGGUGGUCUGUAUCCAGUGCUGUGUCGCCCGGUCCAUUCCGCAAUCCCAACUUCAAUCCGGAGAACACCCGACCAACAGCGCUGCGCCACUCGAGUUUCCAAUUCGACGACAACUCAUCGCAUCGUGGUAGUUAUGAUCAGUCCAUGUUCUUGAAUGAAGAGUUUUCUACAGAGGAGGGUCAGAUGAAGGACCUGAACCUCAACGACCGCGACGACUUCCAGCUUGGCGCAAAGCCAGGCAUGAAGAGACGCGCUUCGUCGCCGCAUAGAGAUUCCUUGCGCGAAGACCGCUCUUCCAUCAGUAGCGCUCCGGGCGGUGGUGACCUAUACACUCGUCGCUCAUUACAACAACAAUACCCUAAUCGUAAUCCGUCCAUCUCGGCGUCGAGGUAUGCGCCGAGUCAUCAUGGCUCAAUAUCUUCUGCCUCAUCAUACAACCCACGCCACGGCUCGUUGGCUUCAUCGUACACAUUAUCUGUCUCUAGCAGUGCUACGAGCUAUGCUUCUGGACGGAUCUCACCUGGCAUGAUGUCGCCAGCCAUAAUCGAUCCGGAGCUCGGAGCCAUGGGCUACACAAAUGCUAAGCCCCUGAACAAUCAAAGUCCUGCGCCUCAGCAGAUAAUGCCGCCAUACACUCGCACAAUGUCCGACACGCCAAUACACAAUGCCCUCCAUACUCCUGCGGACAGCGCACCACAAUCACGUCACAAUAGCUUGCCUGGUGUACAAGGUAUAUUCAUUUGCGACUGUUGUCCCAAGAAACCGAAAAAGUUUACUCGCGAAGACGACUUGAGAACCCAUCACAUGGAAAAGCAAUACUCCUGUCUCUACUGUCCAAACCGCUUCAAGAACAAGAACGAAGCAGAGCGACAUCAAAACUCUUUACAUCUACGCCGUCACUCAUGGUCUUGUAACGCCCUCGACACAAUCGAAACAGCCUUCCACACAUCCCCCAGCACAAACGGCGCAACAGACACUUGCGGCUACUGCGGCGACGAAUUUCCCAACCCAGCAGACUGGAACAGCAGACGCGAGCACACGACGUGUAUGCGUGACGAACCGCUGCCGCAACCAAUGGGCAUGGCUGCAAACGUGCAGCCAGCGAUGCCCAUGAUGGGAAUGGCUAAUACAGCAGGGCCACCGCCCAUGGGUAGCAAACCAGAUGUGAUUGCGGAGAUGCCGCAUGAAGCAUGA